CUUUAAAACGUACAUCGUUUGCGUGAGCAAGCGGGCAGGCAGGGGUAAAUCGCGUGCCGGGCAUUGACGCGACGACCCAAAUCAGAGGCGUAAAGUAGUCGUGCCGUCAUAUUAGUUCCAACGUCUGUGACCGGCUGUAUCGCUGUUCACUUGGCCGGCAGCCAGCGGCACGAAAUGCUGAAUUCGCUCAGACUCCAGCACGGAAAGGGGGUGCGCUCCAGGAGCCAUGAAUCACUAGCCACAAGUAUAGCUCAGCGCAAUUGUAAUAAACAACGCUCGCGCGGGGCUCUUGCUGAUGGCUGCGCGGCGCCGGCGACGCACGCCCCGGCUUCGCGACCCGCGGCACCCGCUCGCCAUUGCCGCCUGCUGCCAUUGCGCGCUACAGCACCCGCUGCGGAGGUGUCCAGCUCCUCGCAGCCCACUAACGGCCCGUCAUUCACGUUGGAGUGCGUGGAGACGGGGACCGACAUUCACGUGUUUGGCGUGGAGCACUUGGCGCCGCAGCCGCACAUCGGAGAGUGGAUCAUCCGGCAGCGGCCGCAGGCAGUGGUGGUGGAGACAGCCAUGGGACCUGAGCACGGCGCCGUGUCUGGCAACGUAAUCCGCUGCGGCGACCAGGUUGCAGACCCCACGGCCGCCUUCUACCUGCGCAUGUUCUGCCAGAUCGGCGUCUCGCUGCAGGACUUCAAGGAAGGCGACUUCACAGAGUCACCCUUGUGGGGCAAUGUCCGCACCAGCUACAACGGCGAGCAGCUUGCAUACAUUGGCGCCUUCGCCACGGGGGCGCCGCUGGUGUUUGGAGACCGCCCCAAGGACAUUACAUACAGGCGGUUGUUUGGGCUGACGACCAUUGAAGACCUGGACAAGGGCUACAGCCACCAGGCCACCGCCAACUACCGCGCCUUCAUGGGCCUGCCGCCGCCGCCCUACGAUCCGGAGGCCCUGCCCGUCACCGAGAUCAUCACGAUGCAGGAGCGUGAGGCUGUUAUGCUCAAGGUGGUGUACCAGCUGUGCCACAACCGGCUGGCGCAGCAACAGCUGGCGGGCGGCCGGCCCAAAAGCAUUGCCCUGGUGGUGGGCAGCGCACACCUGGCAGGCCUGAAGAGCCUGUGGGAGAGCGGCAAGUGGCGCGAACUUUUGGGCAUCGGCGCCUCGCCGGACUCGCCGCUGCCUGCCAGUGACCUACUGUCGGCGCCGCCGCUGCCCACACCCGAGUCCGACCCCAAGUACGGACUGCGGCGGGGGCUGAUGGAGUCCAUGAUGCGGCUCAAUGUCACGCGCGAGGUGCUGAAGGACGUGGAGACGGUGCUGGGGCCGCUGCCGGAGCGGGAGGCGGUGGCGGCGGAGGCGGUAAAGGAGGUGUACGGCUCGCCGCGCAUGCAGCUCGCCAGUCUGCCCAAGGGGCUGCUGGACCAGCUGAUUGUGGGGCUGCCGCGGGGCACUGACUUUCAGGAGGUGCUCCAGUCGCUGCGCGAUAUCCGGCCCAUGAACGGCGGGCCGGGAUACUCGGAGGACAUGGUAAUGUACGUGCGUGGCCUUAACUUCGAGCUGGAGUAAACACCACCUUCUUGUAGAGCUAAGGGCUUGCAUCGGACACUGGAGUGCGCGUGCGCAGCAGUGGCCACAGGAGCUAUCGAGGACGAAUGCUAGCUAAGAUGGGCUGUGAAGGUUGGUGAUCGUGGGUAGGACUUGAGAGCGUAUUGACGUCUACGGUUGUGUAUUAACAAGCACGUUUACAUUGGCAAGUCUACCGAGCAGAGGAGCAAGCUAGUAGCGCGCAGGCAGUGAGAGGAUGUGGGCGUUAGCAAUCAGGCAGUGCAUCGUGUACCUGGUGCCAGAACCAUGCGGCAACUGCAAGGGCGGACCCUGUACGUGUUGGGUCUGAUAGGCCAAAUCAUUAAGGUUAGCAGUUGCAGGGGUUUCGGACGUUCGGCUUGCUGUUCAACUGUGGAACGGCUGAAUCCUG